AUAUGUGUGUGUGUGAGAGAGAGAGAGGACAUUUGCAGGAAAUAACAUUGAACCAUCAUCUUUCAAUCUUUUCCAUAUCUGGUUGGAAAUAACCAAAGAGAAAGGCGACAGGAGGAUGGAGGAGACGGGGAUAUUUUUGAUUGUUCUGCUUGUGAUUCUUCUGCUUCUCUACUUUCUGAAACAGCAGUGGUCACACCGACAUUUUCCCCCUGGACCUCUUGCCCUUCCUCUCAUUGGAGGCUUAUGGAGAAUUAACUUUGGGAUUGGAUUUAAUAUGGACACACCAAUAAAGUUGGCAGAACAAUAUGGAGACAUUUUUACUGUGUGGGGGGGAAAUACACCACUUGUAGUUUUGUUUGGCCUUGAAGCUGUGAAAGAAGGACUGAUUGAUCAUUCAGAAGACUUCUCAGAGCGGCCACAGAGUCCAUUUUUUGGAACUAUAGGAAGAGGAAAGGGUAUUCUAUUUUCAAAUGGACAUGUCUGGAAGCAGCAGAGACGCUUUGGCUUAGUUACCCUGAGAAAACUGGGAGUGGGGAAAAAAAGUGUGGAGGGCCAAAUAGAAGAGGAAUCCCAACAGCUUGUAGAGCUUUUUGUACGUGAAAAAGGGCAACCAUUUGAUCCUGCAUUGCCCAUCACAAAUUCAGUCUCCAACGUGAUAUGUGCCAUGUGUUUUGGAUACCGUUUUCCUCUUGAAGAUAAAACCUUCAAGGAACUGAUUGAUGCCAUCAGAUUUACUAUAGAAUUUGCAACAACUGUGUGGUAUGCGCUAUAUGAAAUGUUCCCGUGGGCCAUGAAGCAUCUUCCAGGGCCUCACAAACAUGCAUUUCGUGCCACAGAGAUGCUGCUUUCAUUAUCAAGAAAAGAAAUACAGAAACAUAAGGAGCAAAAUUCCUUUCAGGAAGCACACGAUUUCAUUGAUUUCUACUUGCUUGAAAUGGAGAAAAGAAAGAAUGAUCCUACCUCUACAUAUGAUGAAGAGAACCUGGCUCAGGAUAUUCAUGACUUACUUGUUGCUGGAACGGAAACAACUGCUGCUUCUCUGAAAUGGGCAAUCCUCCUUUUUGCAAAUCAUCCAGAUAUUCAAGAUAAAACCUAUAAGGAAAUAGAAGAUGUUUUGUGCUCCUCUUCCUUCAGCUAUCAAGAUCUAAAGAAACUCCCUUAUACAAAUGCCGUGCUUCAUGAGAUUCAGCGUUUAAAAUAUCCCAUUUUAUUUGGGGCCCCAAGACAAACAACCAACGAUGUGAAGAUGAGAGGUUUUCUCAUCCCUAAGGGGACAGCUAUUGUACCAAAUCUACGCUCUCUGCUUUUUGCGCCUGAACACUGGGAGUCUCCUAGAGAGUUCAAUCCAAAACAUUUUUUGGAUCAGAAUGGAAAAUUUGUUGCUAGAGAAGAGUACUUGGCAUUUGGUGCAGGGGCCCGGGUGUGUUUGGGGGAGCAGCUGGCAAGGAUGGAGUUCUUCAUCUUCUUGGUCAAUCUUAUGAGGGCCUUCCGUUUCCAGCUGCCUCCAGGAGUCAAAAAAAUCAAUGAAGAACCUAGAACAGGACUGACAACACCACCCCAUCCUUAUAAAGUGUGUGCUGUUCCUCGCUGUAGUUCAUUGCUGUAAUUUUAAACCAAAUCCACACUUCAUUUCAUUUUCCAAAUUUCUUUUCGAUGCUUAAAACAUGGAAGCACACUUGUGAUAUAACUCAGUCAUAAAGAGAUUCAGACUUA